AUGACAGCGGAAAUAAACAGUAAUCACGUUGCAACCCGGAAGGAUUGACUUUUUCUGAUUAAGGAUUGACAGAAAUGAUCAAUUUAUUUCGCUGGGAAACGAUAAAAUGCGACGAAGCUAACAUCGUACAGAUAUCUGUAGUCAUACUUGUGUUUUAGUGUUUGGUAUUAGUGGCUGAGAGAGUCGAGUGUUGGCAGCGACGCCCUAAUGCCAGGCUCCGCGUCGGAGAAAAAUCGCCUGAUUGUGUUUACAUUUUAUUUCCGUUAGCUAAUCGGGCAGUUUUUAGACGAGGAAAACAUGGCUGAACUGCACGUCGUGGAGCCGAGCGUCACCAUAGAGCAGUCAGAGCACCGUGAUGUUCGGGGAUCCGUGCGUCUGGCUUCGCCCACUCUCUUGGUUCCGCCGCGGAGCAGCGGAUCCGGUCCCGGUGUGCCGGGCAGCAGCACCGGCCGAUCUGUGUUCGGCUUCACGGCUAAAAGCAGCCCCAGCUCCCCGUCCGAACCGGCCGACAAGCCGGGAUCCCGCUGGGUUCGCCUUAACGUCGGGGGGACGUACUUCAUCACAACAAAACAAACCUUGUGUAGGGACCCCAAGUCUUUCCUGUACCGGUUGUGUCAAGAAGAUCCGGAUUUGGACUCUGACAAAGAUGAGACGGGAGCGUACCUGAUUGACAGGGACCCCACAUACUUUGGCCCCGUCCUGAAUUACCUUCGACAUGGAAAGCUGAUCAUGGAUAAAAAUUUGGCUGAGGAAGGUGUUCUUGAGGAGGCUGAGUUCUACAACAUUGCUUCACUGGUGAGGCUCGUUAAGGAGAGGAUACGGGACAAUGAGAAUCGGACAUCUCAGGGCCCUGUGAAGCAUGUGUAUCGAGUACUACAGUGCCAAGAGGAGGAACUCACACAGAUGGUAUCAACCAUGUCGGACGGAUGGAAGUUUGAGCAGGUGCACAUAAUAGGAGCUUUAAAAAAGAUGGCAGUGCUCAUGGCAGUGUGA